CGGGAGGAACGUAGUAAGCCAGCCAGUAAUCAUGAAUGGUUUGGAGAAGAUUUUUCUCUUGUUCAUUUCAACUAAUUUCGUAGUUUCUUUGAGUUGUGCUACUUGCAAGGGAAACUGCCAUGAAAUUUGGACGAACGGCACCGCUGACAACGACACGAUAUUUUCAACCUACAAAAGAAACAAACCAGACGAUAAUAUUUACAUCGUGAAUUGGCAAUGGAGUUAUAACUCAGUCGGAAAAUGGAGUUUAUAUUACAAAGAAUGGCCUAGAAAAGCAACACGAACCGGAGGAUUCGUCCUCACCAUCCGAAGAAGACAGAUAAUAGCCAAACUGGACUGGAAGGCUUACAACGGGAUGGUCGUCUGGACCUCGAUCUACAGGCAACCGUUUGAGUACGUUUGGAACGCCACCAUCUGUACCCUGGAUCUACCAAUCAAAUUCGAGAGCAACCUGAAGGGCUGGAAAUUUCAUUUGGGUAAUAUUCUUUUGACCGGUAACAAGUCAGGAAUACUCCGACUGAAUGGGACAAGUUUGCUCACAUAUGAAAAGGAAGCAGAUCAGAUAAUGCUAAACAGGAAGAAGAGAGAAGAAUACGAUUUAAACGACGAAGAGAAAAAAACCGUCUGGAACAAGAUAAAGGGUUAUUUCAAAGAACUAUACGAUCAAGGAGAUGACGACCAGAGGAGUUGGCUGAAACGGAUUGGCGACUGGGUCCUCGGGUUUCUAGAAAGGGUUCUGACCUAAUCCUUGCAUGUCCAAGGAUUAGAGAUUUUGUAAAAUAUAACAUUUAAAAUAAAUUUCUA